AUUUCUGACUGGCAGUUUGACACCCAUGUCCUGUAAGUGAGUAUUGAUGUCACAGGAGAAAGUGACUAAGCUUCUAUCGUCUCUGUUUCCUUCCACCUCCCACCCCACCUCCCUGCACUCUCUCAAGUCCUGGAUAGGGUUGGUCACUGUGUGAAUGCUGCACUCCGUCUGGUCACCAGCACCUCACUCUGUGUCCUCACUUUCCCAUGUUCGCAUGACAGCAGACAAGGCUUGGGGCUGAUCUAGUGAAUGACCUUGCACAAGGCUCAUUAGCACUGUUUUCCUCUAGCUCUCCACCCACAGGAGACUAAGUAGAAUGCCUGCAGAGCUGGGUGCUCCCCUCUGCCUCUCCUGCCUGCUACUGCUCUCUGCACUCAGGAUACAAACUUUCAAUCUGGAUGUCACCAACACACUGACCAAAGAUGGGGAAAAGGGCAGUUUAUUUGGCUUCUCACUGGCCCUUCACAAACAACUGAAUCCUGACCCUAUGAGCUGGCUUUUGGUUGGAGCUCCUCAGGCUUCAGCAUUACCAAAUCAAUAUGCCAAUCGUACUGGAGGUCUCUAUGGAUGUCCACUUACUACAGAGCCAAAGGACUGUAUGCGACUUGAUAUUGACCGUGGAGUUGAUACAUCUCGGGAGAGCAAGGAAAACCAAUGGCUUGGGGUCACUGUGAAGAGCCAAGGCCCUGGGGGGAAAAUUGUGACAUGUGCGCACUUGUAUGAAACUCGCCAGAGAGUAAAUCAGCUUUCUGAGACUCGGGAUGUGAUUGGCCGAUGUUUUGUUCUGAGUGAAGAUUUAACCAUAAGGGAAGACCUAGAUGGAGGGGAAUGGAAGUUCUGUGAGGGUCGAGCAUUGGGACACGAGAUGUUUGGAUUCUGCCAGCAAGGAAUAUCUGCUGGAUUCACCAAUGACAAUCAUUAUAUCAUGUUUGGGGCCCCAGGCACAUACAACUGGAAGGGGGAGCUCCGGGUGGAGCUAUUUAAUCAGAGUGCCCUGGCCCUGGGUACUUAUGAUGACGGCCCAUAUGAAGUUGCUGGAGAGAAAAGCCAGAAACCAGAAAUGAUACCUGUGCCACACCACAGUUAUUUUGGUUUCUCAGUCGAUUCAGGGUGGGGGGUAACUGGGCGGAACAGACUGAGCUUUGUAAGCGGGGCACCCCGGGCAAAUCAUACAGGUGCUGUGGUUAUUCUUCGGCGAGACAAUGGAAGCCAGCUCAUCCCAGAAUUGACUUUAUGGGGAGAGACACUGGCAUCAUCAUUUGGCUAUUCUGUUGCUAUUGAGGAUCUCAACAAUGAUGGGUGGAUGGAUUUGCUUGUGGGCUCCCCUAAUUUCUUUUCACGGAAAGAGGAGUUUGGUGGUGCUGUUUACGUGUAUAUGAAUCAGGCUGGAAAACUGGAUAAAUCACCCCCCCUCAGACUCAAUGGCUCUGAUGGUUCUAUGUUUGGAAUCGCAAUUGGCAGUUUGGGAGACAUUAACCAGGAUGGUUUCAAAGAUAUUGCCAUUGGAGCUCCUUAUGAUGGAAAUGGGAAAGUUUAUAUUUAUCAUGGCAGCCCCAAAGGAUUAGUUACCAAACCGGCACAGAUUCUGGAUGGUAUAAGUGUUGGAAUAAAGACUUUUGGAUACUCUCUGUCUGGGGGAUUAGACGUUGAUGGAAACUCCUAUCCUGAUCUGUUGGUGGGAUCUCUUUCUGACUCAGUGGUGCUAUUUAGGUCACGCACUGUCAUCCAUGUCCUGAAGGAUGUCAUUAUCACUCCACAAAAUAUUGACUUAGAGAAUGAAAACUGCAAGCACGGCACUGGAGUCUGUGUGGAACUAAGAGCGUGUUUCAGUUACAGUGCUGUCCCUGCAAAUUAUAAUCCUCAAAUCACUCUUAAAUGUGUCUUUGAGGCUGAAGCAGACAGGAGACUUCAAGGAAAGUCAAGCCGAGUGAUUUUCCUAAAGCGCCACUCCAGUGACUUAGAAUACCAACAUACUAGCACUGUGGAGCUGCACAAGCAAUCUACUAGCUGUACUACUGCCACAUUCCAGCUACAGGAGGGUAUCAAAGACAAGCUUCGGUCCAUUCCAGUGACACUGACGUACAACAUACAUAACGCAAAUCUCAGGGGCCGGCCAUCUGUGGACCUAUUACCCCCUCUCAUGCCUGUUCUGAGUGAUGUAGAAAGAAAUGUCUAUACCACAGAGGUGAAUUUUCUCAAAGAAGGCUGUGGAGAAGACAAGAUCUGUCAGAGUAACCUGCAGCUCAGCUACGUCUUCUGUUCCCGUGUAGGCAACACAAACCAGUUUGUGCCACUGCCAGUGGAAAAUGAGGUUCCAGUGUUUUCUCUGACCGACCAGAAGGACUUUGCCCUUAAGAUUACAGUCACUAACUUUCCAUCAGAGCCCAGGAAUCCAAUGGUGGAUGGAGAUGAUGCUCAUGAAGCCCAGCUGAGUGCAGUCUUUGCAGAUACCCUGUCUUACUCUGGUGUGCGCCAAGCCACUGACGGCUCAGGCACAUCUCCGGACAAGGAAAUAGUCUGCAUUUCCAAUGUGAAUGGUUCGGAGGCGACAUGUGAACUGGGAAAUCCCAUGAAGCGGGAUGCUGAGAUCACUUUUUACCUGAUUGUUAGCACCCCUGGAAUUACUAUAGAGACCACAGAGUUGGAUGUGAAACUUGAACUGGCCACAAUAAGUGAGCAGAUCAACUUGUCAGCAGUACAGGCCAGAGCCAAGGUGAUCAUUGAACUUCCAUUGUCUGUGUCUGGGGGGGCGACUCCAAACAGACUGUAUUAUAGCGGGAAAGUGAGAGGUGAAUCCGCAAUGCGAACAGAGGAAGAUGUGGGCAGCCCAAUAAAUAUUGAAGUGACAGUCUCUAACAGGGGGAAAUCCUUACGUACACUGGGUUCUGCCUUCCUGAACCUCAUGUGGCCACAUGAAAUGAUGAAUGGGAAGUGGCUUCUGUACCCCAUGGCAAUCCAACUUAAGGAAAAGGAGCAGUCUAAUCGCAGCAUGGACUGCACCCCAAUUAAAGCCAUCAAUCCCCUAAAACUGAACACAGUUGCAGGAGCUGCAGAUACAAUGCAAAGGGAUCAAACACCAAAUUCAGCUAGUCGAUGGUCUCUAACUUACCCAGAAAAGAAAAAGGACGUCAUUCUGGAUUGCUCGCGAGGUACUGCUCGUUGUGUUGUCUUCCAAUGCCCACUCUACAGCUUUGACCAGCAGGUGGUGCUAAAAGUUCAUGGUCGGCUCUGGAACAGCAGUUUAUUGGAGGAAUACCCAUCUGUUAGUUCCUUGGAAGUGGUUGUCAGAGCAAACAUUACUGUAAAGUCCUCUAUCAAGAACCUGGUUCUGAGAGAUGCCACCACACAGAUAAAUGUGAUGCUGUAUUCAGACUAUGGAGUGGCUGCUCUUGGAGGCAUUCCCUGGUGGAUUAUCCUUAUUGCAGUGCUGGCUGGAAUACUGCUGCUCGCUCUUCUUGUUUUCAUCUUAUGGAAGUGUGGUUUCUUCAAGAGGAGCAAUGCACAAGCCAAGUAUACUACAAACUACUACCAGGCUCAGCUGGGGGUACAGCCUUCCGAGGCAGGCAGGCAGAGGUUGAGGCCUAGCUGUGUGGCUUUUUCAAGAGGAGACGCCUCCAAGAAGAGAAGCUGCCGCAGCACCAUGCCGUGAAGAUCCCAAUGGAAGCGAGACCAAUGAUGUGGGAGGAGAAGACAGGGACCAUUAAAAAAAAGGACUGGGUGACAAACUGGAGUGAAGAUGGCACAGUGCAGAACUCCUCUUAACCUUCUCUGUGUUUCCCCCCUCCACAGACUCUGAUCUUUUCAAUAAACUGUGUGGCAAGAAGGCUAAAUCCGUCUGAUUAUGCGGGUGUUUCUUAUAUUUUAUUCUAAUGCUAUUUUGAAUAGAAAGACGUUACUGUAAUCGGAAACGUUUCAUCCUCAGCCUGCACUCUGACGCUUAACCCCUUCUGCUUCAGGGGGUCACUGCUGUGGCAUCAGCACAUUACAGGCGUUGGAGUGAAUUCACUUCUGAGCUUUAAGCCCAUAUCAUCUUUUAUUAAACUUCAUUAAAACUGAAAGCACUGCGGCCUAUUCAAGAUGGCACCCCGUGGUCCUUUUCACUUUCUUGACAUUUCAAAUAUGGCUCCAGUAGAACUAUUAAGUGCAGUGGCUAACAAUAAAUGGAGGGGAAACAAUUCAAAGGUGAAGUCAGAGAACCGAAAUAAAUGCAAGCUGCUUAUAUUUUGAUAUCGACCAAGGAAUUUCAAAUAUAUCUGUGUUUCAGAGCAUUUACCUGAAUAUCACUUGGACUCCUACACGAGGAAGUCGUCUAAACCUUGACAGCCAUGGUGCUGAAUUAAGAAUUCAGUGAGUCAUGUUUGUUCCUGCUACAGUGACCUGGAGCUUUGUGACUGAGCUUGAUCACCGAUAACUGGCAGUUGUAAAGCAAGAACUUGCAUAAUGGAGAGCCUCCAGGACACUUUUGUAGAUGAGGAAAUGUAUAUAUAUUGCUGGAAGAUGCACCACCUUACUUUUCAAUCCGCACACAAACUGCAUGUGGGGCUUCUCUUUGUGCCUUCUGUUAGUUGCUGUUUAAGAACGAUGGGAAGUUCAUUCCCAGUUAUGGACUGCUUUCUCACUGUAUUUGUCCCAUGCUUCUCUCUCUAUAAAACUGCUUGCCUUGGUGAUUGACCACUUUCAAGAACUUAAAAAACAUCUCAAUGCAAUGUUCCCUCAAUGAGCAAACAGUGGCCUUGUUUCCUAAGAAAGUGCAUUUAUUUAUAAUGAUUUUUUUUGUUUCUUCUGCAAUAAAGGCACCAGAGCCUCUAUUUUAAUUAU